AUGUCUGCUAUGAAGAUUUUCAAGCAUGGCCGAGAAGUUGAUUGCUAUCCUAAUAUCUGCUUUCCUUAUCGCAUCUUAUUGACUGUGCCCGUGACGGUUGCAUCAGCCGAAAGAAGCCUUUUGAAGUUGAAACUAUUGAAGAAUUAUUUGAGGUCAACAAUGACUCAGCAGCAGUCAAAUGGCUUGGCUAUGUUAUGCAUCGAUAAGAAAUUAUUGGAUGAGAUUGACAUUGACCCCAUGAUAAGUGACUUUGCAUCGAAGAAUGUUAGAAGAAAAUCUUAA